AGAUAUGGGUGCGCGACUGCAGACUACAGUUGGCCGACUGCGGGGCGGGUUUUCGACCCUUCGGCAUGAAGAAGUCUCGCUGUUAACGCCAGUAGCACCGUGUGAUCCUUGAGCGCUGUGUCCUCCGCAAGGAACUAGUGGUGCCCGUCACGCUGCCAGGACUAUAACGAAACGCUUACAGCACACAACAACAACAAAACACGCGCAUACCGAAACCGCACGCACCACCCACAACCCCUAAGAUUGCCGGCGAUUAAUCCCUCAAAAUGCCACAUACUGGUCAAGCUGGGGUCAAUCAGUUGGGCGGCGUCUUCGUCAACGGACGCCCUUUACCCGAUUGCGUGCGUAGGCGGAUCGUCGAGUUGGCCCUUCUCGGAGUCCGGCCCUGCGACAUCUCAAGACAACUGCUAGUUUCGCACGGAUGCGUCUCCAAGAUCCUCACCAGGUUCUACGAAACUGGCUCCAUUCGACCGGGAUCCAUCGGAGGCUCAAAGACAAAGCAAGUUGCGACGCCGACGGUGGUCAAGAAGAUCUUGAGAUUCAAGCAGGAGAAUCCUGGGAUGUUCGCAUGGGAGAUACGGGAGCAGCUUGUCUCGCAGAGAGUUUGCGAACCUCAUAACAUUCCAUCAGUCAGUUCGGUGAACAGGAUCCUCAGGAAUAGUGGAGCUUGGCCUGAUCCACCUGAACUCUUACAUCAUCAUAGGCACACACAACAUACAGACCCGAUCGUUAGAGGCGCCGAUUCUUAUGGUACAAAGAGCGUUUCGCCGCUUCAGAACAUGACCUAUUUCCCACUACCGGAAUCCCCAUACACCAGCAGCAGGUUGGCAGCCCUUCAGCAUCAACUACAUAUUGCCACGUCGACACCUAAUAACCUGGAUCAGAUCAGCAACACCUGGUCCAACCUGAUAAUACCUUAUCAACCGAUGGCAAAGCACGCGCAGCCAGAGAAAGAAAUUGAGGUUGAUGAGGAUGAAGAAAUUACGAUAACCGUGGAGGAGAAGCCCAUCGAGGGACCGAAAAAGAGGAACCCUUACUCGAUAGAAGAACUACUAAAGAAACCAACUAAAAGGGUUAAAGCGCUUGAUUUUAACCACGCGGAUAUCCAACAACCGAUCGGAGCCCUCAUCAACAACAGUAACGAUAGUCUGGAUGCCCUUCAGGAAGCCCCUUGAAGGGGCCAUAAGUUACGACGCGCGCGUGCCACCUUUUUGCAGUCAUCUGCAGACUUCGAAGGACGUGCCAUCAUUAACAUUCGUCCUUCUGUAAUACGCAUUUAAUGUCGAAUGCGUCGCACAUAUAUA